CCUUCACCAUCCCCUGACAAUAGGUUUUGUAGACAAAGUUACAACCAAGAACAACAUCUAUCUUUGUUUGAAUAUGAUGCAGCAUACGCCUGCACCGACGUCACCUCCAGGUUCACCAAAGCCGACUCACGAUGAAGAAACUACAGUCUACCCACCUCCACCGCAAAACAAUGGCAGUGCCCCCUUUUCAGUACUAGUCGGGCUAUUUGAGAAAUUAUCGACAGAAAGAAAGCCCGAACGCAGACGCCGACUUUUGGAUGUCUGGUUCAACCAUUGGAGAGAAGACAUUGGGCAUGAUCUUUAUCCCGUUCUCCGUCUGAUCCUUCCACAGAAAGACCGCGAACGUGCUGUGUAUGGCCUGAAGGAGAAGAACCUCGCCAAGACCUACAUCAAACUUAUCCCACUCGGUAUAAGAGACCCAGAUGCGAUCCGCCUGCUUAACUGGAAGAAGCCGACAGAAAAAGAUAAAAGCUCUGGCGACUUCCCCACAGUUUUGUACGAGGUUGUGAGUAAGCGAUCCUCCGUUGUCGAAGGAAGCCUGUCAGUCCAUGACUUGAACGAAAUCCUGGACGACUUGUCUAAGAUCAUGGGCAAGCAGGACAUUCAGUCCAGAAUUCUUCAACGUAUUUAUAAUCGUGCUACGGCUGAGGAACAGCGAUGGAUUGUGCGCAUAAUUUUGAAAGACAUGGUCAUUUCUGUGAAGGAAACUACUGUCUUUGGCGUGUUCCAUCCGGAUGCCCAAGAUCUGUUCAACAUAUGUUCGGACCUGAAGAAAGUUGCUUGGGAACUAUGGGAUCCUUCGCGGAGGUUGAAUGCCGAGGAUAAAACCAUUCAAUUGUUCCGUGCGUUUGCACCGAUGCUGUGCAAGAGACCAACCCAUAAGAUCGAGGAUUCUGUGAAGGAAAUGCAAGGAUGUAAAUUCAUUAUCGAAGAGAAACUUGAUGGCGAGCGCAUGCAGCUGCACAAGCGUGGAAAUGAAUAUUUCUACUGUUCGAGGAAAGGGAAAGAUUACACUUACCUGUACGGACAACAUGUCGGACAGGGUAGUUUGACGCCUUUUAUCGACUCUGCGUUCGAUGAGCGGAUCGAUGAUAUCAUUCUCGAUGGAGAAAUGCUAGUCUGGGACCCCGUUUCUGAACGUAACUUGCCAUUCGGUACCUUGAAGACUGCUGCACUUGACAAAUCAAAGAAGGAGCACAAUCCCCGACCAUGCUUUAAGGUCUUUGACCUCCUCUAUCUCAAUGGCAUGUCCCUCCACCAGAAGUCGCUCAAGUUCCGUAAACGCAACCUGCGCGCCUGCAUCCAGGAGAUUCCAGGCCGCAUUGAAUUCAACGUAGAGUUCGAAGGCAAGACUGCUAAAGAUGUUCGGCAGAAGAUGGACGAAGUCAUGGCGUCAAGAGGGGAGGGCCUCGUGAUCAAACAUCCUGAUUCUGAGUACAUGUUAAACGGAAGAAACAAGGAUUGGAUAAAGGUCAAGCCGGAAUAUAUGGACAACAUGGGCGAGACCGUGGACGUGUUAGUAGUCGCCGGAAAUUACGGCACUGGGAAGCGUUCAGGAGGUGUUUCGACACUCAUCUGCGCAGUCCUCGAUGAUCGGCGUCCAGAAGGUGACGAAGAACCGAAAUACAGCACCUUCGUCAGAGUAGGAACGGGCUUGUCAUUUGCAGACUAUGUCUGGCUCCGACAGAAGCCUUGGAAAGUUUGGGAUCCGAAACAUCCCCCAGAAUUUCUCGAAACUGCGAAGCGGACAUACGAAGACAAAGGCGACUUGUAUCUGGAACCUGAGGAUUCGUUCAUACUGAAAGUUAAGGCAGCUGAGAUCACAACUUCAGAUCAAUAUCAUUUGGGCGUUACAAUGAGAUUUCCUCGAGCUUUGUCAAUCCGUGAUGACCUGUCCAUUGCAGAUUGCAUAACUGCAUCAGCUAUCCUGGAGAGCAUGCGCUCUGAGCGCAAAAGAAAGAUGGAAAGUGAUGCUGGUAGCAUGUCCAAGAAGAAGCGAAAGACAACAGCAAAGAAGGCAACCGUCCUGCCACAAUACCAGGGACCCAAUCUACGUGCGGUCGAGAUUGUGUCAGAUCUAUUUGAGGAUAUGAAAUUCAUGGUGUCGUCGGACCCAAAAUCACAAACAGGCAACCAAGACCGUCAGGAAUUGAUGAAAUCGAUCCGUGCCAAUGGGGGUACCUGCGUGCAGGUUGUUACAUCCCAACAGCCUAUUACAGUCAUUUAUGGAGGGACGACUACGCCCUACGACAUCAAGUUGCUGAUUGACAAAGGCAUCGUUGACAUCAUCAGGCCCCAGUGGAUCACGGAUUGUGUACUCCGGAGGGAGCUUGUUCCUCUCCAAAAGAAGUACUUCUUUCACGCAACCCCAGAACGCCAAGAAUCCGACGAUUAUCAUCAGAUGGACGUUGACGAGGACCAGGUAAUGACCGACAGAACUGUAGAGGAAGACGCUAGCUUGAAGGUCCCGACCACUCCAGAAAGCAUCGAGCCGAAAAUCGAAGAUGCCGAGGAGCUCGCGGACUGGUUCAAGAUCGAUACCAAGCCUGCCGUACCAGAAGACAGCGAAACGGAGGCUGAAUCUGAUGCUGAUUCGAACAAUGAAGAAGAAGAUGCUGACGAAGAGUGGUUCCAAGUGCCAGAAGUGCUCCGCAGUUCCACUGUUGAGCCCCUUGAUGAUGAUUCAAGUACUACGCUUCAUUCACAAUCAGAGGACGUGACAAUGGGGGAGAACGACCAAGCGAGGGAAUACGACACAACCGCAAUAUUCAGACAUCUGUGGGUCUCAUGUCUCUCAGGCUGUCUGCCAGCUCUCACCAUCGGUGGUAGUUGCUUUUACCUUGACACGCCUGAUAAUGCACGGAAAAACGGCAUGUCAGUGAAAACCAAGUUCGAAGAGGAAAUCUCCACAGCGUUCGACCAGAUUUCAAGAAGCAUUCAGGAGAAUGGUGGAAAGAUAGUUGCACUUGACGAUCCAAAGCUCACGCAUGUUGUCUUGGAUAAGCGAGACGACUCGCGUCGACUGACCCUCAUACAGCGUACUUCGAGACCUAAGCGACGUCGAUUAGUGAUAUCCGAUUACGUGACCGCUUGUGUAGAAGAAGAGUCGUUGCUUGAUGAGGAAGAUUUUGCUCCGUAGUGUUUAUGACUUCUAUCCGUAUUUCCUUGUUUCGUAUUCAAUGCCUGUUUCCUCAGUUUGUGCAGUGUUGCGACCAGAAUUAUGUGCCGAUGCAUGUGGAACUGGCUGAGGAACCAGGUGAGUGGCGCACAGCGAUAAAAGUGUGCGCAGCCACUUGUUCAAACGUGCUGCAUGAUAUUUUGUGUCCAAAAAUUAUACUUGAGAUCUAUGGACGACAGUUUGCACAUGCUUAGUCCCUA